AUGUAGUUAAAAACGAAAUCCAUUAAAUAUUUUCUAAUACAAUUGUAAAAAACAAUAAAUAUGUCUCUACAUUCCUCAUUCGGCUAUGAUAGUCUUCGCUCAGUCAUUUUUGCAAAAGCAAUUAAAAAGUGUGAAUAAAUUUAAAAUGAGUAUUAUUCAUCAGAAAGUUGUUCUGAUGUAAAGAGUAGCAUUUCCUCUGAUUCAGAAAAGCACAUAUUUGACAGAGAAUUUGCCUCUGAAUCUGCUGAACCAAAAGUUGUUUUCAAUAAUCAACAAUCUCCUCUCUCUUAGUUUAAUACUCAACAAUGAAUUUAUAUAAAUAAGCAAUUAUACAAAAAUACACAAUCAAUGACUCUUCUA